GGGCUGCUGCUUUCUUUGCAAGGCGCGAACAUGGCGGGUGGGGGUGCUGCUGCCGCCGCCGCCUUGGCGUUCCGCGCCGCCCGUGCCUUGGCUCUGCGGAGCGGCCCGCGCUCGGCUUCCACGGCGGCCCCGGAGCCAGAGCCGGCCCCGGAGCCCCCCGCCGCUUCCCCCUCACUGGCCGCCUCCGAGGCCGAGCCUCCCCUCCGGUCCCGUCCCUCUUCGCUCCCGCCGCCGCCCGCCGUAGACUUCGAGGACACCCGCGAAGCUUUCCGGAGCAAAAGCAGCGGCGAGUUGGCCCGAGGGUUCCUGGUCCUGGGCCUCUGCUCUAUCGGGCCCCUGGUCGACCACGCCGACAAGCUGAUGCAUCUCAGCCAGAAGCUGCUGAGCCGAGGCCUCUUUGAAAAACUGAUGAAGCUGACCUUCUAUGGGCAGUUUGUGGCCGGCGAGGACCAAGAAGCCAUCAAGCCCCUCAUCCAGCACAACCGGGCCCACGGUGUGGGCUCAAUCCUGGACUACAGCGUGGAAGAGGACCUGACCACGGAGGAGGCCGAGAAGAAGGAACUUGACUCCUGUACCUCUGCGUUUGAGAAGGAAACAGGCAAGCAGAGAGAGAAACGGUACAGCGUCCAUCGCAAGUUUGGCGACCGACGGGAUGGUGUCAUCAGUGCCCGCACUUAUUUCUAUGCUGACGAAGCCAAAUGUGACCGGCACAUGGAUACCUUCUUGAAAUGUAUCGAGGCUUCAGGUGGUAGCUCAGAAGAUGGGUUCUCCGCCAUUAAACUAACAGCGUUGGGAAGACCACAGUUCUUGCUGCAGUUCUCGGAGGUGUUGGUGAAAUGGCGGCGGUUCUUCCACCAGCUGGCUGCCGAACAGGGCAAGGUGGGCCUGGCAGCCCUGGAGACCAAGCUGGAGGUGGAGAUGCUCCAGGAGGCCUUGGCCAAGCUGGGGAUUGCCACCCGAGCUGAGAGCCAGCACUGGUUCACGGGCGAGAAACUGGGUGGAUCUGGAACGGUGGAUUUGCUGGACUGGAACAGUUUGAUUGAUGCCCGGACUGAGAUCUCCAAACUCCUCCUCAUCCCCAACAUGAAGACAGGGCAGCUGGAGCCCUUACUUUCUCGCUUCACCGAAGAGGAGGAGAUGCAGAUGAAGCGCAUGCUGCAGCGCAUGGAUGUACUAGCCAAGAAAGCUGUGGAGACAGGUGUGAGGCUCAUGGUGGAUGCAGAACAGAGCUAUUUCCAACCAGCUAUCAGCCGCCUUGCCUUGGAGAUGCAGCGGAAGUUCAACCAGGAGAAACCGUCCGUCUUCAACACAUACCAAUGCUACCUGAAGGAUGCUUAUGACAAUGUGACAGUGGACGUAGAGCUCUCGCGCCGGGAAGGUUGGCACUUUGGGGCCAAGUUGGUGAGGGGGGCUUACAUGGAGCAAGAGCGGAGCCGGGCUGCCGAAGUGGGCUACCCAGAUCCCAUCAAUGCCACCUACGAGCAGACCAGCGAGAUGUACCACAGAUGCCUGGACUACAUCCUGGAGGAGAUCCGACACAACCGGAAGGCUAAUGUGAUGGUAGCCUCUCACAACAAAGACACUGUCAAGUUCACACUUCGCAGGAUGGCAGACCUGGGCAUCCAUCCCUCGGAGAACAAGAUCUACUUUGGGCAACUCCUGGGCAUGUGUGAUCAGAUCACCUUCCCUCUCGGUCAAGCUGGAUUCCCAGUGUACAAAUACGUGCCCUAUGGCCCAGUCCAGGAAGUGCUGCCCUACUUGUCCCGGCGAGCCCAGGAAAACCGAGGCUUCAUGGCCAGGGCCCAAGAGGAGCAGGGGCUCCUUUGGAUCGAGCUGAAGCGACGCUUGCUCGCCGGUUCCCUUCUCUCAGCUCCGAGCCCCCCGUAAGACCUAUGCUUUUCAAACCAGGUCAAAAAGUCCGUGCAAACAUCGCAACCAGACAGGAGGCGAAAGCUGGAGGUCUGGAUCGCCUUCAUGUCACUAAAGGGACAACUUUCCUCUUAUGAGCCUUGGUCCUUUGCAUGCCAGGGGUUGCAGACACGUGACCCAUUGUCCCCCUCACAGAGUAGUUGGUGAUGCCCUGGACCCUGUCGCUGUCUCACCCAUUGGCAGCUUGUCCCACUUUCCACCCCAUUUCUGUGCAUAUAGGAAUAACUUAAGUGCUUUUGCUCUCCGCUGCCAGAAUUGUUGGAGGUUUGUCUGCAUCAAGGGUGGAGAUGACUCCUGGAAUAAAAAUGUAUCUAACCA